AUGAAACGAAUUCGUUCAGACAAUUUGAAGAGGAAGCGAGAUUAUAUAUCAUCAUCAAGCGCGAACGAAGAAUCAAUAAUGUCAAUGCAAAAUGAAUCCACAUCAAGCAAACAGAAUGUUAACGAUAAUUUGAAUUUGAAUUUAAUUAUUCACAUGAAUUCUUUGAUAUCAUUACUAAAACAAUUUAUAUGUUCUGGUUGCAAUAAACGUUGGGAUGGAUCCACCACUAUCAAAGAACGAAAUGGGUUAUACAUACAGCUUGAAUUCAUGUGCUAUAACUGUGGAUUUCUCACUCGUUUAUAUUCAUCGCCGAAAAUGCGAAACGGUAGACGUCAUGAGAUCAAUGUUCGAUUGGGUAUUGGAGAAACAGCUCAAGAGCAGUCAACGAUUGAUGCUGUUUAUGAUGCUAUCUCUGAAGCUGGUGAUGUAGAAGAUUUAACAGUAAGUGGUGAUGGAGCAUGGCUAACUAGAGGGUUUUCUAGUCUUCAUGGAAUCGCAGCUAUAUGUUCAACAACAUCGAAACCAAAAGUUAUAGAUACUAAUUGGUGCUCCAAAAAGUGUUCUAAGUGUCAAGGUGCAGAAAGUCUGCGUCAUGUUAAUUCUGAUUUAUUUAGUACAUUUCAGGAGAAUCAUGAAUGCCAAUUGAAUUUUAUAGGAGCAUCGGGUGCAAUGGAAAAAGAGAUGAUUUAUGAAAUGUUUUGCGGAUCCUUACCAAAAUAUGAUAUUAAAUACAUAUCUUAUAUAGGAGAUGGGGAUGCUAAAGUACACAAAUAUUUAACAACUAAUCCUCCAUAUCCUGGUGUCACAAUUAGAAAACUCGAAGAUACAAAUCAUUUUGCAAAAAGAAUGUUGAGCCGCAUCAAAAAGAUCAAGCCAGAAAAUAAGAAUACAAUUUUGUCCGAUAGCAAAAAAAUUAGUGGUAAAGGGCGGCUGACUGAUGGUGAUGCAAUAAAAUUUAAAAUUUAUUUUGCUAAAGCAAUACGUGAAUCUAAAACUGAUUUAGAUAAACUUUACGAAAAAUCAUGGGCUAUAUUCAAUCAUCAUUACUCCACAGACAUAGAACCGAUGCAUGAUUGGUGCGAUCCGCAAUGGUGCAAGUAUCUUCAAGCAAAAUCAAACGGUCAACAAUUUACUCAUAAUUCAAGAUUAGCAAUUCCAAGAGCAUGCUUGGACUUGAUAAAACCCGCUUUUCUCGAGUUGUGUUCUAAAACUAGUUUAGCACGUGUGGUAGGUGGUGGAUCGCAAAAUGCCAAUGAGGCUUUUCACUCAUUGUUGUGGACUAUGGUUCCUAAGCACCGUUUCUGUUCUUCCACUAUUCUUCGUACGGCAUUAGGUUUAUCAACAAUAAUUUAUAACGAUGGCUAUAGUUCAUUAGACAAACUAUUUACAAGCGUCUUCUCCUCCAUAGGAUAUUUUUCUUCUGAAUGUUUUGGCCGACUUCAUACAGCGAGAAAAUCGCUUACUUCAAAAGUUAAAAAAAGACGUAAAAAAAGUGCAACAACAACAAUAAUGACAACAACUGCUACUGCUAAUAACUCUUCAAGUGAAAGUGAUGAUGAAUUUUCAUUUAUUCCAAAUAAUAAUAAUUUUGCGGAUAUUACUCAAGGCUUGAUCGCAUUGGAACUAUCUGAAGAUGAUGCAGAUAUGGAUUAUGAACCGGGAGGGGAUGAUUAA